GAGUUGGCAACCCUGUCAAGCGGUGAAUUUAGUCUGUUUCGUCGUGAACUCGUCUGGUAAAUAGAUUUUAAAGAUGAUAAUUAUUGUAAGACACUUCAUUUAAAUUUAUCAAUUUUUCGCAAUGGAAAACGGCCUUUCAGUAGAGGGGUUCAACAUUGCCGAACUGAGUGAUGAUGAACUUGCUUACCGGUUGCAAAGUCUAGGAUUUAUACCAGGACCAAUAUUGGCUACAACUCGUGCUGUAUAUCAGAGAAAACUUGCAAGAUUACUUAAUAAAGAAGAUUUUGAAGAUGUGACUGAAGAAGAUGUAAUUCCAGAUGCUGAAAUAACUCCUGAUCCUUCUCCACCAACAAAUUCAUCUUUCCAGUCUUAUACUAGUACCCCCUCUAGUUUUAAUUAUGAAGCCCUAAGAAGGCGUCCACUUGCUCGGGUGGAUGGUGAAAACUGGUCGGAGCGACCCCCUGUGCUCUCGCCCCACAGACCUUGGAGCGCAGACGAUAUAGUCACUCGGGCGCCCACACCACCACCUGUUGCUGAAAAACCUCUGUCUCCUGCUUUGAAGAUAACUGCUGUGCUUGUGUUGCUUCUGUUUGCUUUCCUUGUUUAUUACAAUAUGGAUUCUACCCCAACAAAUCCUUUCCCUUCUCAAGACCUGUAGCUGUUAAAAGUGCCUAAAAUCUACCUUUAUUUUGCUAAUAUAAUUUGUUGAGGAAGUGUGGACUUGUAACUGGUGUUUAAACAUUCUCUUUAGUGAAUCGCAUUUCAUGCUGUAAAAGUUUUAUGUUAAUAUAUAAUAUGUGACGUACUUGAAAAUAGUGUGUCAAUUUUGACAAAAAAGGUGAAUGUUAUUUAUGAGUUAGUAUUGAAAUCUUCUAAAUCACACAUUGUGUAAUAAUAAUAAAAGUUUUUAUAUGA